AUGCUUCCCAUCGAUGACGGGGCUCCGCGAGCCAGGGACCAGCAUCCCAGUCGUAGCCUGUGCUAUGACCCCCGCCUACACUUCUGCAAGUAUGGACUUCCGCCUGAGGCGGCGUUUACUCCGUCUGCGUUAUUUUUUUGCGAAAUAUACAAUAAGACCAGACAAACUGUACUCGCGGGAGAUGCCAAGGUCCAUCCUGCGUUGCAGGAGCCUGACCCUCUGUGCAACGCCACGUCGGGCUGCUUCUUCCUGAGCUCAGCCCACAAGUUCGAACAGUUUAAGAAGCGCUAUUAUAGGAUCGAUGGCUUGCAGGAAAAUGAGGAGAGAAACGAUGAGCCGACAGGACGGAAAACUCCUCUCUAUCCAACACGUUUUGGAGCGGUAUGCUCAGACGGCAGCGUCAGGGUGUUUGACUUGGAGGCCAAGAGCUUUGACGAGGUGCUGUGGUGGGACAAGCGGCUGCAAAAUGUAUACGAUGCUGACGUGUCACGCGACGGGACACUUUUGUUCGUCAUGAACAUUUAUGGAGUGGCUGACCGUUUUGAAGAGGAGCUGUGCGUUUACAAUCUAGCAACGGGCGAGGAGCUUUGGGAGUUUGUUGUCGAUUACCAGCGCGGCGCGCAGCUGGUGGACCCCUUUGAAAACUAUGACGACUGCGCUUACGGGGAGUACCUUGUGGCCAGCGACGAUGCGGGGCUCGUGUCUGACAAUGAUGGCGGGACGACAACUUUUCGAAUGCGCGGGAAGCUGAUCACUUCUGGUGCAGACAGGAAGGUGGUUAAUACAGACAGUGUUUCCACAACUAGGCUAGUGCGUCCCCAGGUCAACAAAGCCUUCGACCAGAUGGUCACUACAAACCACGAGGAGGAUUCGUGCUUAAUUCUGUGGGACCUCAAUACUGGCACGGAGACGCGUAGAUACAAUGGCAUCCACGCAAAGGGCAUCUGUUGUGCCCGGUUCACACGUGACGGGCUGCACUGCUUAACAGGCUCAGUUGAUAAAACCGCUGCAAUCACCAACCUCUCAACAGGCUAUAGGGCUUCAGACACAGCUAAUAUGCUAAGGCGCUGCAUAAGUGUCCCUGGAAGGUUCCAGGAUCGACCCCGGCAAAAGUGGAAUAACAAAUCCCUCAGCCGUAAGCGGGAGGAUGCACCCGCAUGCCGAUGGACGGUGAUGGGCCCGGUUCUAGUGAUCUGCGAGACAACACAGCGAUUCGUGGGACAUCAAGAUGUGGUGCAUCUCGCAGCACUGUCACCGGAUGAAGACACCCUGGCGACUGGCUCGUACGACAAAACCGUGCGCAUCUGGGACGUGGCGACGGGAGUCGUGCUGCACAUGAUUGCUGAUCCCUACAGCGCACCGUCAUGCAUCUUGUUCCAGCAUCCCGCAUGGCUUCUGACUUGUAGCACGCACGGUGAUGCUAUGGGCAUCAAUAUCAAGGAUGGCAUGAAAGUACGAUGGUAUGUCGGCUUACAUCGGCUGUUAUUGCCCUUCGGACCUGGUAGGGAAUUGGUCAGGAUGCGGCCCCUGAUGUUGCCUGCCGCGUUUGACGGCAGGCCCAGCAGUUCUCUAACAGUACUGGCCUUCUCAUCCAUGGGGAAUGUGACUUUACUGGAUCUCUCGGCACGACAACUGCCACUGGACCAGUACUUUAUUCAAGCGGAUCAGUGCGUGGACGGCAUUCCAGCCAGAAGUACUAGUAGCUGA